UUUUCUUAGGGGAAAACAGCAUACUAUAUUUGAUAGUUCCUGCGGAAGAUGUAAGCGGAAUGGCUACCAUGGUGAAAAGAAGUUCGAAUUAUUCCAAAGAAACUGAUGAUAUUAAUGAUAACCAACCCUCUCUAGUGACAGUACGCAUUUCGCGAGCGUGGACCGGAAGCCCCGGCGACGACAUGACAGUGACGUCACAAGAUGGCGGCAGCUUCCUGUCGCUGCCGCUGGCGGCGCCACUGCGCGCGCAGGUCGACCUGGAGGCGAGGGCUGACGGCAAUCAGCUGGUGUAUGUUGGCAAAUCUGGCCGCAUCUCGAUGGCGGUGUCGGACGCGCGGCGCGCGCACAGCUCCGUCACGCUACGCGCCACCAACACGGGCCUGGCGGCAGCGAGGUUCACGGCAAUAGCAAAAGACUGCAGUCCUGAGCUCCCCUCCCUCCUGCAGCGGUCGCUCGGCAGCGACGUGGUCACUUCGGGCAGUCAGCUGAUCCCGCCGCGACACACCAGGCGGUACACCCUGGUGUUGCCCGGUGAACUGCCGGCGGGGGUCACACGGUGCAAGGUGUGUUUGUUGAACCACAAGAACGAGUCGGUGGCGAUACGGGAGGUGGCGCUGAAGAAGGGCGACCGUUGCUUCUGUGUGUGGCACUGCGACUGCGUCUGUCUCACCGAUGACCCCAAGCUGCUCUGCCGCGCGCUGCCGGCGCCGCUGCUGUCGGCGGGAGGGGUGCCCCACGCCCGGCCGCGCCCCCGCAAGCGCGAGCCGCCCUGCGAGGCCGGCCAGCCCGGCUGCUUGGUCGCCAUGAUGGGAGCCGUGGUAGCUGUCUUAGGUCUUGGUCUACUAAAAGGCAUAAUCGGCAUAUUCAUCCGCAAAGUGGCAUACUACAAGUUGGAUGUCGUAUGCAGUAUGCCGCGUCCUCUGCACAAAUACCAGGAGCCGUGGCUGCGCAGCCGCCCGGUGUCGCUGGAUGCGGCAGGCUACGCCGUGCAUCCAGACACUGGCUUGAGGACUGUGCAUUCUAUGCCUAUAUUGUCAAUGCUGAUGAUGAACACAAUACUGAUCCCGGCGAUCGCCUUCCAUUACCUAGACAAGUGCAUCAGAUACUGCGUCCAACCGCAGGGCAAGGCGGGCAGCCUGAUGCUGCAGCCAGCUUACAACACCAUGGAUAUGCAGGUGAGUAAUACGUCAUCGCUGGAGUCGAAGAAGCGUCGGCGGCCGCGGUGCGUGCAGCGCUGGAUGUCGCCGCCCGCGGAGCAGCUGUCCGCCGAGCUGUGGACGAAAGCGCUCGACCCGCACAUAGACUCGAUGGGUCCUCAACUGAUGGAGUCGUUUGGUCGCCAGUACGACGUGGCGCAGUCCUCGGUGGACUCAAUGGUAGAGGAUCCAGAGCCUGGGAGGUCUGACUCGGUCAUUGUGAGUAAACAGCAAGAGUCUGCACUGAAUGACCCCGCUGAGGAUGACGAGGUGGCGGAGGGCAGGGCCUCCGAGACACAGACCUGCCUGCCCAUGCGGCCGAGUGCUACAGGAAAGGAGCGGCGAUGGCGUCGUCGGGCGCCCCAAGACCCUCUCUGUAUAAUUAGUUAGCUGAAUAUUACCUACAGUUUAUUUAUUUAAGAUUAUUUAUUACGGUCAGCUAGCAGAUACUAGAUAGUCGGUUAGCAGAUAUUUGUUAUGAGAAGUAUCCUUACAAUUUAAGUUACUUUUAAGUUAAUCUUUUAUUUUAAGUUGUACCCAAUUGUUAUUC